CACUCCAACCCUAAAGAUUCUAUUAUCAUGGAUCGGGUCGGAUGCCGGGAAGUAUCAUCUCAGCAGCAGACCUCUCCCCUCUCUCUCCUGCAGCAGACAUAAAUAAACAAGAGUAAUGAGUUCCUCCAGCUUUCAAGAAUAACAACGUAGCUCAGUGAUGGGGACCUCUAUGCGUUGCCCACCAGAAUUUUCUUCACCUCCUACUAUAAUCUCACUAGAGAAGAAAUGCACCUGCUGUCUCCUUCAUCCGACAGCAAGCAAAUCAUCUCCAUGUUUCUCAUCUUCUUUGGUUGUGGAUCUUAUCCGAAUGGGUGUCGUUGGUCCUCCGAAGAUUUUGUUCCAAGUUCAUAGUUCUUCCAGAAAAACUGAUAGUAAGAAGAAAUGGUCUGAGUGGGUGAAAGCCAUGGCCUGCAAUAAAACUUUUAUUCAAAAAUGGAACCAAGCCGGGAUCAAUGAUGCCAUACUUGUUGCCUCGAUUGCUACUGACAUAAGAAUCGAUCAACAAACAGUGGAAGCAUUAUUUGGGUUCUGGUGCUCUGUGACCAACACCUUUAUAUUCCCAUGGGGUGAGGCUGCAUUUACUCCAGAGGAUGUACAUGUUUUAACUGCGCUUCCUCUACGGGGUUCACAUUUAGAUCAAAAGCUUACUGCAGACCAACAAGAGCUAAAGAAUAGGCUAAUAGUGGAGUCGGAAAAAAUAUUAGUGCUUAGCAAGGAGGCUCAACGCAUGGGAAUGGUUACUAGUGACAUUUGGCUUGACUGGUUCAUAAAUGAAGAUAAUAUCGAUGAUGAACUUAGGCAUCUCGGUUUUUUGACGUAUUGGCUUUGCAAGGAUGUCUUCCCAUCGGAGAAUCAAACUCUAGCUUCGCUCUUUGGGGUUGCGGUGAGACUCAGCUUGGGGGAUAGGAUUUCGUUGGCACCUGCUCUUGUUGCCAACAUCUAUCAUGAUCUGAAUAUUAUCACAGAGUCUAUUGUUAGCAAUCACCGGAAGAAAGAUAAGGGAAGUGGAGGGAUAUUCAAAGCAUCACCAUCAUUUGGCUUCCUACAAUGUUGGAUCUGGGAAAGAUUUGAAACUCUCCGGCCCAUUACAAGUGACUUGAAAUUUCAGCAGAGAGUGCGGAUCUCUCGCUGGAGUGGAAGUCAGAUAAAAACUCAAUAUAACAAAGCAUUGGAGAUUUUUGAAGAUGAGAGAUCUUUUACAUGGAGACCCUACUCAUGCCGACUGCACAAUUGGGUGGAGCCAGAAUGGUAUAAUAUGGAGUCUCGUGUUGUUACGAUUGAAGCAGAGAAAACACCUGCUUAUGUAUAUGACUUCUUGUCACUGAUAUCAUGCACAUCUCUAAAGGGACUAUCUUUUGAUGGUCGUGUAUUUUCUGAGAAAUAUCACCCAGAUCGGUUUGCUAGACAAUUUGGAUUUGAUCAGUCCAUUCCUGGAGAUUUCCAGAAUUUUAACUAUCUUUCCAAUUCUAUUGUUGGAGUCCAAUUAUGCAUACCGGGAAUAACCAAACAUGGCAACCUGAGGAUUGAAUACAUCAAAUGGUGGAAAACAUACAGAAAGAGUUACAAAGAGACGCUGAGAGAGAAGUUCAUGCCGAAGGGAGCAAUGGAAAAGGGUUUGGACGAAGUUGGAAAGAAUGGGAACAUGGAGAAUCAUAAGGCUGUCCUGACUGAUAAGAACAUCGACACAAGCAAAAAGAGAAAAGCAGAAGAAUUAGAAAAACAUCGAUCUGUUAUCAAACAGGAGCACAGAAAAACUCAUACUCCCCAAUUUUAUUCGGAUAAAGAGUUGAAUGUUAUAAAUAUUGAUAGUGAUGAUGAGGAAAAUAAGAUAGUAUGUGAUGCAGCACCAUCUGGAUUUCCUCGAGAAAGUAAGACGCACAGCAAUGAGAAGAAUGAAUUAGGUUUGGUGAAAGAGCUGGAAGACUUUCAACAUCUUGGUCUUAUGACCUAUGAGGAGCUUAACCCUGAGAUAGAAGAAAGUAAUAACGUAGCAUCCACAAAAUGCGAAGAUCCUUAUGGGCAAGAAGCAAUUGAACACUAUCCAAAUUUCUUUAGACAUAUUCCUCAAAAUCCACAUUAUAAAGAGCUUCUGAAAGGAAAAAAGAUUGCUGAGGAUGUCAAAAAGCAAAUCUUUCUUGGUCAGUGGUAUAUGCUAGUGGAUCUAAUGAAAGAAGCUUUAAGGACAAAUGACAAAACUAUUGCUGCAGAAGUUGAGCGAUUGCUUGAAAAGGCUCGAAUGCUAGAGAAAAAUGGGUUCAACGUUAGACACUUGAUUGCUCGCCUGAAACUUGUGCAUAGAAAACACUAGAAAUGUGCAUAAAAUGAAGAAAAUCAUAAGAUUCUCAUUAGUUCCAAGGCCGGUCUUUCUGAUUUUUGUGAAUUUUUUCUUUUAGGGAGGUGAAAAUAAUGGGCUCUUCCUUGAAUAUUUUGUUUCUACUGCUGCAUUAUCUCAUUGCUAUUUAAUCGUCAAUGGAAGAAAAUGCCAACAGCCAUAAAGCUUUUGCUUAAGGUGGGGAUCUUGUUCAGACCAGCGUCUUGAAGAUAACCUGGUUAAGGGAGAGAGGAAAUAAAUGGUGUCUGCAUCAACUGGAGCUUCUUUUCUGUAGACAGCCACCUCUAAUUCUGGCAACCUGAUAGUCUGCUUACGUGUAAAUUCUACCAUUUAAAUGGUGUCAUACUUCGAACUGGUUAUAUUUUGGGGGUAGUUUUAGUACAUAAUUCCAUAAUUUGUCCGUAUGUACACAGGUUUAUUUCUGAAAUCCAUGUCUUGCUUACAUCUCAGUUCAAAAUCCAGAGUAUCGUUUUAAUUUUUCUCUAUACAUCCAAAAUAAGAGAAAAUAGGAACACUUUUAG